AUGGCUGUUCGCCGUUUCCUUCAAGAAACAGGUUGUCCUAAAUGUUACAUAGAGAAUGCUGAGUAUCUUGAGAAAUUUGACCCGCACGGAAUUUACCCCACCACCAUAUAUGGAAGAUGUAGUGGCGAAGUUCUUGCUAAACCAGACGCAUCAGUUGUUGCCAUCACCAGUAGAUAUACUUUAACGACUACUGCCAAGAUAGUUUAUGACGUUCUGAACCCAACCAAUCCAGAGCUGAGGGCUGUAUAUCAACCCAUCGGAAGUCUUGUCCUUGUUUUUUCCCCGAUAACCAGGUGCGUGACAAUCAUCGAUAAAAACGUGGAAAAUAUCUAUGGUACAGCUAUACAGGCCUACUUUGACGAGCACUCUAUCGAGUUGAUCAAGCUGGUCACCUCCGCGGAGGAAAUUGACAAAGACAUCACCAACUUACAGGAUGUCUUGGUGCAGCUGAAGACAUUGGGGGUUAGACGAAACGAGCCUCUGUUGGUAGUCGGCAAUGGUGUAUUACACGACGUUAUUGCGUGUGCAGCCUCCCUCUACCAUCGUAACACACCCUACGUGAUGCUAUCUACAAGUGUCGUGGCCGCCAUCGACGCUGGACUAUCACCUCGCACAGGUUGUGAUGGAUUCGGUUUCAAAAACCUCUUUGGCUCCUAUCAUCCUCCUGUUCUGGCACUGACUGACAGAAGCUUUUUCCGCACAUUAAAGCUCGGUUGUAUGCGUCAUGGCAUUGCUGAGAUAGUUAAGAUGGCGGUUGUUAAGGAUGAAGAACUCUUUUGCCUACUUGAGCAGAACGCCGCAGUAAUUUUGUCGACCAAACUUGGCACAGUGAUGGAGGAUUUUGAGGGAAAUCACGCGGCUUUUCAAGAUAUCUGUGAUCUUAUUGUUGGCAAAGCUCUUGAAGACUACAUGAGAUCGGAGUACGGUAACAUGUUUGAGACGCAUCAGUGCCGACCGCACGCCUAUGGUCACACAUGGAGUCCCGGUUAUGAACUCCCUGCUGGAAUGCUUCACGGUCAUGCUGUGGCAACUGGGAUGGGCUUUGGUGCAUAUCUCUCUUUCUGUAACGGCUGGAUCACACAGCACGAGUUCCAUCGGAUUUUAAAGCUCCUCAGCGACCUUGAGCUGUCCUUGUGGCAUCCUGUCAUGGAGGAUACGCAGCUAGUUUACAAAGGCCAGAAUACCAUGAUCCAAAAGCGGGCUGGUAACCUUGCUGCACCGGUACCUAAAGGGCUUGGCAAGUGCGGCUACAUCAACGACAUGCCUUACGAUCUCCUUGGCAAGCGCCUGGGUGAAUAUCGGAAAAUUACCCUGGAGUACCCCCGACAAGGGAUGGGAAUUGAAGUCCACUGCAUGGAUAUUGGAAUCGCGUGUCCAAAAGUGGGGAACCUGAGCAGCAAGAACAACAACAACGGCGAGGCUCACAAUGGUGUAGUGAUGUCGAGCAACCUUCAUUGCAACGGGGAAAUCAAGGAGCAUAGGAAAUCCUCAAAAUUGACAAAGCCCGCACCUUUGGAGCAACGCGGAUGAAUUUAAACCCUUUUAUGAUUCUGACGAGGCCACAUAGACUGGAUCAGGAUCCAAACUUUUUUUGCAGCAUUCUUAUGUAAUCACUUGUGUGUGCACUUUAUUCUCUUUACGUCACGCGGGUUGUCGUGACUGCCUAUAGCCAAUAAAAAACAUAAUUUAUCAUA